UCAUGUAGUCUUAUGCUUCAUGCCCUCAUAUCUUAUGAUGCUAUAAAUGCAUCACAUGUUCGAUUUGUGAAUUUCAUACUUGAAAUUUGUAUUUCCUCUUGAUAAAAGUUUUCUUCUGAUAAAAAUAAACUCGUUAAUACGAAGAAAAUAGAAAUUCGAGAAAAAUGGCAGAAUUUGUAGAAAAACGAUGUCAGGAUAUGAUACCUGAAUUGGAGCAAAUGGAAAGGAUCAAACUUUUUGACAAGAAUGAAAUUCGAAAUAUUGCUAAGAAACUCAAAGAAUAUGAACAUAAGAUUCAACGACACACAAGGUGUAAGGAGGAUUAUCUUCGUUACAUACAAUAUGAAAUGGAUCUUCUAAAAUUGAUUAAACAACGUAGAGAUAAAUACGGUAUUACCCAAAAAAAGUCAGACAUUGAUUUUGCUAUAACUAAUAAAAUGAAUAAUUUGUACAAAGAUACAAUAUCUAAAUUCCCAAGCGAUAUUAGAUUUUGGGUUGCUUAUAUGAAAUUUUGUAAGCAUGUGCAUUCUUACAGUAAUAUCAAUCAGAUAUUAAGUAGGAUGAUGCAAAUGCACAGAGAUAAACCAAAAUGCUGGCUCAUAGCAGCACGUUGGGAAUUGGAAGAAAACAAAAAUAAACAAAAUGCUCGGCAGUAUCUUCUUAGGGGCUUACAAAUUCAUUCUGAUUCUCAAUUGCUGUACAUUGAAGCUUUUAAACUGGAACUGGAAAAUCACUUAGCUAUAGCCUCUAAUAACAUUGAAAACACCGAGAAUCAAGAAGAUAAUUUGGCACUGACAAUGGAGAAUGAUAAUGAGAUACCAUCCUCACUGAAAAUUGCAUACUUUGUAUAUCAACAGGCUUUCGAGCGCAUGAAGAAUAUUAAAUUUAUAAUAGAGUUGCUUAACAUUGCAAAGGAAUACAAUGGCACAGAGAAAUUGCAAAAGAAAAUUAUUUGCGAUAUGAUUCGGGAAUAUGCCCAUGAACCUUUAAUGUGGGAUACAAUGGCACAUCGUGAACUACAAGGUCUAAUCCAGCCAGAUCUUAAUGACACACCAAUGGAAAUUGAAAAUUCCGAACAAACUUCCCUGAGAGAUCGCAUCACGUCUUGCAACAAGGUUUACCAAACUGCUGUAAAGAAAAUCAGAACCGAAGAGAUGUGGUCAUUAUACAUAGAAUGUUUAUUGGAAAUCAAUGAUGAUGUGCAAUCAUUGCGAAAUUUCAAGAGAAAACUCUUGAAAACUGCUCUGAUGCAAGCUCAUAAGGCGAAAAAGUUAAGGGAAAAAUAUUAUUUACAUUGGAUCAAGAUGUUGAGUGCCGAUAAGGAGCGUGACGAGAGCGCGCGGAAAAAGUUUUAUGAAGUGCUGCGCGGAGCGACUGAUACUAUACCAAGCAGCGUUGGUCUUUGGCACGCGCGAAUCAGUCAUUUGUUGCAAUCUGGCCAAGAGAAAGAAGUGGACUCUAUAUUUCCCAAGAUGACGGAAAUUUUAAACGAGAAAGCAUUACCUUUGUGGAGAAUGCGGAUUUUACACAGUCAAAUAAGAAGCUCAAAAGAGGCUGAAGAGAGUUUUCGAGCGGCUUUGAAGGUGCAUCCGUUAAUCGCCAGAGACAUCAGGCCCAUAUGGCUCGAGUGGCUUGUCCUAACGAAAGGCAUCCGUGCAGCUCGCGAGGAAUACGAAAAGCUUCUCCUGCAACCUCCCAAUUCAUUGGAAUUCCAUAAGAAAAUGGCGACACUGGAAUACAUACAGCCGAAAGUUUCGCUAAAGCACGCACGGCGUCCUUACGAAGUGACGACGCAACAUUUCGGAACGAACAAUACGUCUGUCUGGAUGGAUUAUAUUAACUUCGAGAUGAAGCACGGGGAUCCGAAAAAAGUCGGGGACAUAUACGAGAGAGCAGUUAAGAUGUUGGAUCGCAAUUUAACGUAUUCCUUUAUUGCAGAUUAUAGUUUGAUUAUUGCUAAACCCGAUUCCAUAAAAUGAUAAGAUGUUAGCGUGUACUAUAGAUAUAUCACAUACAUAUAUACCAUGUACUUGUAAUAUGUAGCAUAUUACCAAAAUUAUAUCUGCACUGGCUUGCAUUAUUUCUAAUUAACGAUUUGAUAUCAAGUUCGUGUCAUAAUAUCAUUUAGGCCUAGGCAAAUGUUUAAUAUACCGGUCUCACAUCAUAUCUUAAUGAAAGUAUAUUUAUUUGAUAUACAUUUUAUACACUACUUUUAUCCUUCUGGUUCCUUUGUCCCUAUUGGAACAGAAUAUAUAAACGAAACAUAAUAAUAUAAUUUAUUGGGAUUUAUUUUGUAGAUUACGAAAAGAUGUUUUUUUCUACAAAUAAUAAAGAUAUGUUGCCAGAAAUGUAAUAAUUAGUUAAUCUUAAGAAUGAUCUUACAUUUGUUCUAUGAUGAAUAUUGAUUGGCAGUAAAAAAAAAUAUGUAGAAUUUUGGUAGGGACUCUGGAUAUUCUCCAAAAUGGUAAACCAUAUAUUUUUUUAUGUGCUCAUAUUUUUAUUUAUCAAUUGUUUAAAAAAUCUUUUAUUGCUAAAUAAUUUAAUUCCUGAAAAUAAAAUUGUACUUUUAUUGAUGAAUAUUACUUACCAACAACAUUAUGAUUAAUAUUAUUACAAAGAACGAGAUGAAUGUCGUUAAAUAAAAAGAGAUUGUGUUAUGAAUAAU